GCUUUUCCAGGAUUCGCAUAGCCUCCUGCUCCUACUCCCUCGCUCCCUCGCUCCCUCACCCGCACGAGGCCUUCUGUCUGCACGGCUUAUUAUGAGCUGAACGAGCAAUUGGGCCGAGAACCUCUUGCUGCAACGCGUGAGCGAGCGUGGAGGAUAGACUGGUGCGUCCGAAAGAGGUCGAAUUUGUCUGCAGCCUGUGGAAGGGAGGGGGAACAUUGGCUUGGACCGUCGAAUUCGUGCAGUGAAGGGAGGAAGGAGGAGGAGGAGAAUCAGAAGUGACGAUUGCUCGUGUGGCAUCAGUUGACUGUAAUCAGUCUGAGUAAUCGGAAGUUUUAUACUGCGGGCCGAGUGGAGUGGAGCCUGCAGGAGCUAUGGCGGCCAGCUGCCUGUGCUCGGGGCUGGUGCUGUCAGCUGCAGCUGGACCCCAUAGAGAUGUUUCCAUACGCAGCUCUCGGGAUGCUCAGGUUCUCAGAAGAGGAGGUCAGUUUUUCAAGCCUGUGUGCUCGAGCUCGAGUGAGCUUUUCGGAGCCGGAAUGGUGUCUGAGUUGAGUUGCAGCAGAUUGGUGAAACCCAUUGGUGUCCGCUCGAGGACUUCCAGUGGGCGCAUUCUGGGCGCCCUUGCACCCGAGCUGGAUUCCAGGUUAUUGGCGGAGGCGCCCAGCAUUCUGGGAAUAGUGAGAGGAGCAGAGUCCAAAGCUCUGCCGAGCUUCAAAUGGCGCCGCGUGCUGUUGAAAGUCAGCGGAGAAGCUCUCGCAGGAGACGGCUCCGGAAACAUCGACCCUAAGGUGACGAUGUCCAUAGCCCGAGAGGUCGCUGCAAUCACUCGCUUGGGAGUCGAGGUUGCGAUAGUCGUCGGCGGUGGCAAUUUCUUCCGAGGCGCGUCGUGGGUCGGGUCCAGCGGAUUGGAUCGAGCGUCUGCGGACCACAUUGGGAUGAUGGCCACAGUCAUGAAUGCCAUCUUUUUGCAGGCUUCCAUGGAGAGCAUCGGCGUGCCCACGCGAGUGAUGACCGCCUUCCGCAUGGCUGAAGUCGCCGAGCCUUACAUCAGGCGUCGAGCCGUGCGUCACUUGGAGAAAGGGCGAGUGGUCAUCUUCGGUGCGGGCACCGGCAACCCUUUCUUCACCACCGACACUGCCGCAGCUCUGCGGGCAGCCGAAAUCAACGCAGAGGUUGUGCUCAAGGCGACAAACGUGGACGGGGUUUAUGACAGCGACCCACGGAAGAACCCCAACGCCAUGCUGCUCGAUCACGUAUCUUACAGAGAGGUUGCCAUCCAAGGUCUUUCAGUGAUGGAUAUCACUGCCAUAACCUUGUGUCAAGAAAAUUGUAUCCCUGUUGUGGUCUUCAACCUCAAUGAAGCGGGCAAUAUCUCAAAAGCUCUGAGCGGCGAACGAAUUGGUACCCUGAUCGACAACGAAGGUGUCGACCACUUCAAAAUACCCAAGACCGCAGAAGUAGGAAAACCAUCAUAGUUUAUGUUCGUUACCUGUUUUGGUACACAAAUUAUAAAUUAGUAUAAAAGUAUAGAUGAAAAUGAGUCAUCAAUUUGGCCACUCCUUAGAAGCUACAAAUACAAUCAUCAAGAAGAUUCAGCACGAAGGAACAGACUCGAAAUUACACACCUAGUCUAGGUAGCCGGAAUCAUUAAUAUUUUUUUCGAAGACCAUUCGUGGUCAAAACAUGCAAGAAGUUCCUUUCUUGCAUCUUGUUCUUCAAGAAAUGCAAGACAUGAAAGACAUGAGAGUUGGACGAGAAACUGUUGACGCAUCGAGUGACUUGUAUCCCGAAAGUUGAGCCGAAAGGUGAAAAUGGCAGUCCGUCACAGCCCAAGUAGCAGUUCUUGCUGGAGAAAUUUGAGAUUCGAUCAUGUAAUGAAGCCUGUUUGGGCGGUCCUGGUUCAUUGUAAUGUGUCGAUUGCAGGCCUCCAGUAGGUAGUAGGUUGCUGCUGCAGAGCGGCGACAGGAAGAACAGGACGGAUCUCAGUAAACCUCGAUAGGAAUGUCUAUGACAAGGUGAAACAUCAAGGAGGGACAUGAGAAUGUACCAUCAAGCCUUACAAGGAAGAUUCGAAGCUCGAAACUAUAGUGAGACUGUUGGGGCUUGCCCAAAUAGCAUCAACAUAGAUAUCCAUAUCACCUGACACAUCUGAACUAUAAAGAUAACUCCUGUUUAUAAACG